GGCCCGGCACCCACCAUGCAGCCGCUGCGCUGGUUGUGCCUGGUGCCGCUGCUGGCCGCGGUGACGGCCGCCCCUCGCUGCCCCCCGGGCUGCCACUGCCUCGGGGACCUGCUGCACGUCGUGUGCGAGAACAAGGGGCUGCGGAAGAUCCCGCGGGUGCCCAGCAAGGUGCGGCUCCUGAGCCUGCAGCAGAACAACUUCCCGGUGCUGCCCGCCGGCGGCUUCAGCCCGAUGAAGAGCCUGGUGUCCCUGCACCUGCAGGACUGCCGCGUCCGGGAGGUGGCGGCCGGAGCCUUCCGCGGCCUCAGGAAGCUCGUCUACCUCUACCUGUCCCACAACGAGAUCAGCACGGUGCGGCCCGGCGCCUUCCAGGACCUGUCCCAGCUCACCUACCUCUACAUGGACCACAACCGCAUCAGCGAGCUGGCCAAGGGGCUGCUCAGCCCGCUGAAGAGCCUCUUCCUGCUGCAGCUGAGCGAUAACAGGAUGGCCCAGCUCCGGCCCGGCACCUUCGCGGGGGCGCGGGAGCUCCGCUGGCUGCACCUCAGCGGCAACGGGCUGUCCUCGCUGCCGGCCGGGGCGCUGGACGACGUGGAGAACCUGGCCACGCUGCACCUGGACAACAACAAGCUGGGCAGCUACCCGGCGGCCGCCCUCAGCAAGCUACGGGUGGUGGAGGAGCUGCGCCUCUCCUCCAACCCCAUCAGGACCAUCCCCGACAACGCCUUCCGCUCCUUCGGCAGAUACGUCGAGCGCAUCUGGCUCAACAACAUGGGUCUGGAGAGGUUUUCAGAUGGAGCUUUCAAUGGUGUCACUGCCCUCUCAGCUCUCCACCUGGAUGGCAACAAGCUGCAGUCUCUGCCUCCGAGCCUCACCUUCACCAAAAUGAGGAACAUGACCCUGUCCAACAAUCCGUGGGAUUGCACUUGCUCACUGGCUGCAGUCCGAAGAUGGAUGGACACUGGCAGGAACCGCCCAGAUGGCACCUGUGCUUCUCCCAGCCAGUAUCGGGGUCAGCAGAUCCGGGAAACAUCUGCCUUCCAGACCUGCAAAGGACGUGCAAAGCGCAACAAGAAGAACCCGCUCUGAGCAGUAGGUAAUGGGAACGUCCGUCCUGGAGACUGGUUCCUCCACCAACCAUGCCAACUGCUGACUCCUCACAGCCAAUUCCCACGCACACAGAAGGAAUUUCUCAGUCACCCUCCAUGGUAAUCGUGAAUCAGCUACAAAUUCCUCGUACCUUUGAAGAGCAUAUAAUGGAUUGCAGUUUCAGCACAGUGAGGCUUCCUCACUGUCCACGUGUGUGUCCCUCAACAGUCUCAGCGCUUACAAACAGAAAUGGAAUCCAAGCAGUUCACAAGAAUGGGGUAAACAGCCUUCUAGCUAGAAGCAUCUUUUCAACUAGAUACACACAGGCUUUUGUCAACAAUAGAAGUACGUAUAUAUUUAUGUAUACAUCCAUGUAGGAUUCUCCUCAAUUACAGCCUCCUCUCACCCUCCCUGCCACGCCAGUCAAUGUCACACCAUACUCCUCCAUAAAAGACAGACUUUGGAUAACAAACCCUCCCAGUUCCAAGCUCAGCUCAACAACCAACAGAGCAGUCCCUUAUUUCGCGGACCCUGCCAGUGUCCCCCGCUGACUUCAAUCUGUCUGCUUCCAAUCUCCUUCUCUGACAAUUUAUACUGUCGCUCGGUCACACUUUGGGUAGAAAACUUUGUCCCGAUUGUCCAUAUUCCCAACUUCGUGAGGUUAACCUGUGUGCUGCAAAAGCUUCCUCUACACUAAGGGCUCCCCUUGUUGGACGAACCAAAAUGUUGCAUUUGCGAAAUGUUUAUGAUAUGUGUAAAGAUACAAAAUAUAAUGGGCAAGAACACGAAGGUUUUGAGUUGCCUGCGCUAAUGCACCAUCAAGGGUGCAAUGUUACAGGAGUGGGAGUUAUACAAUGAAAGAGCACAGGGGAGGAGAAGGAUUCCAGGGGAGGCAGUAUGUGUGCAAACAGACACAGUUGGGCAGCCCUUUGUCUGGAGAGGACUUGUACAAGAUGAAUCUGGACAGCUUGCAAGACACAGACACCCAGCACAGAAAUGCCUCUGGUUGGCAAAGUUCUCCACGUGGACCACAGGCCAGUGCCAGAAGCAGAAAUGUUUUAAUCUGCUUUGAUCCACUGCUUGGAAACACCAUUGCUGGGAGUCCUGACUGACAAUGCGUUUCUUUACCUUCCAUUUUGUGUGUUGAACAGAAUGACAAACUUCUUGCGGAGCAGGUGGUGGUUUGAGGUAGUGCCGCUGUGCAUCACAGGCUGGCUUCUGCAGCAUUCAUGUAGUGAUCUCAUCAAAGAGCCCAGCACGUGUGAGGUAGGGUCAAAUGUGUCCACUCCCAAUAACCCACGCUGGACCCAAAGUUCCACCCCACCUCAACCAGAUUGCAGAGACUGCUUCUUGAGCCUCCGAACCCUUGGUUAUUUUCAGAAUGCCUGGAACUGUGAGUCUGUCCCCUCAGAGAGAGAUACCACAUCAUGAUCCCGUGAGGGAGUCUCACAUUCAGCUCCUUUGAACAAGGUGUCCUUGAACCCUGUACAAUCCCAGCACACCACAGGUUAUAACCUGAUGAGCUCAUUUUAUUGUUUCAUUCACAGCUUGUGGCAGGUCACAGGCACCGAGGCAGAUAUAGUUUAGGCUUUACCCUCCUCUGAAUUACCUUUGAAUGAGAAAACGGGUGGCUGUGAGCUGAGCAGAUCCAUGGCUAGUUUACAACGCUGCCAUCGAACUGCAGCCUCUGGUUAUGCAACAUCUCCUAUUUGUCAGAUAGUUCUGAUUUGUCCUGAAUGGAGUUACUGGUUGGAAGGGUUGGAAAGUCGAAAUUAAACACUAGGAGUAUCAGCUAAAGACCGGAAGCUGAAGCUCUGCCUAACUGCCAAGUCAUACCGUUAGGGCAAGAUAGAGGGAGCAUUACUCUGUACUUGUUGUGGGAGUACAGAGGAGCUGUACACAACACAAACUCUGGCCUUAAAAUGGGUUAUAAAACUCAUAGUUUAACCAUGUCUCAUUCAACUGUCUAAUGGGUCUUCAAGUUGAGUUACAAUCAAUUUUCAUUUUGUGUUUUUUAAAAAUCUUUCUUUCCAAUUUUUUGAGAGAUCUCACUUGUGGGGAAUCAGAAGCCCCCAGCAGCACUGGAGUCUACAGCAGUGGAGAGCAUGGUAGACAUGUCCACACUUUGCUCAACUCCUGUGUGUUAACGAAACCCAUUAUAACGACACAAGAUAGGUCUGCAGUUUGUGUGUGUGUUUGUGCCGCCCAUUGUAACCCUAGAUACUCAAACACAAUGAAUGGGGUCAAGUCUCAUUCCUCAUUUAUGUCGGUGUAAGUGGAACCUUCUCUUCAGAAUCACUGGGGCAUGUGGUGGGUUACAAUAGUCUGCCCAGGGUGGUGGAGAAAGUCACUCUGCUAGUGGUGAUGGAACUGAACUUCCGGGGCUCACAAGGCACGGAUAAGGAAGGUGCACCUUCAAAGUGAAAAGUGAUGCCCUGUUAAGAUCCAGAGGCACCUCGCCUUCCAAACCUUCCACCACCAGAGGCAGCAGGUGCGUUCGGACAUCCCCAGCACCAAGGACCCCUCAGGUUCCAUACAUUACCCGAACUGGGACCUGCAACAUCAUUCCUUUGUUGCUGCUUUUGGUCAGAAUCCUGAAACUCCCGAUAUAUCAGGACCAUGGGAGUGCAUUCACCACAAGGACUGCAGUGGAAGGCAGCUCCCCACCACCUCCUAGUAGGUAAUAGAAGCCACCCUUGGCAGUGACACCCACAUCCCAAGAACAGCACACUAGGACAACACAGCAGCUCAGUGAGCACCCGUGACACUGAGCACCCAAACACUGCCUCCAAUGUUAUUCCAAGCAAAUCCUACAAAGUCUACAUUGCAACAUACGAGUACACCAAAGCUGCCUCGCUCUCUCCAGCACAGCCUGCCCCCAGUCAGUGCCAGCGUGGAGGAAGGGCAUCCAGCCUCCUGUAAGCCUGACAUUCAUGAGCACACAGGAGUCUUUUGCCAUCUCACUGUCAGACACCUAGCAACCUGUCCUCUGCAGUAACAGGGCAAUCCGUAAGGUUCAAAAUUUAAUGUUUUAAAACACAGUCGUUGGCCAAGGAAGUGUCAUGGAGAGGCGGAGAGAUUAUCACCUCCUAAUGUGUCGAGUGCUGUGAGGGAUUGCUGUAAUAUUUUACCUUCAUGCUGAAGCCACUGUAUAUAAAAUGUUAGUAGAACCUGGUGCAGGUCACUCUUAACAGGGCCCGAGUGACAUUACGGGCCUUAAAAUGUCUUCUGCCGCCAAGCUGACAUUCUCAUUUCCAGUAAGUAUGAAUUGCUGAGCAACUCUUCUGCACUUUACUUGCUGCAAGUCUAUCAAUAAAAACUAUUUUUCAUAUCA